AAUAUAGAAAAUCUAAAAAAAAAUUGGGGUUUUUAAUAUUUAACCAAAAGUUAAGAACUUGAAUUUUAGAUAUUUCAUGAGAAAAAAGUUAAAUUCGAAUGGGUGAAUCUGCUCUACCCAGAAUCUGAAAACUCCCAAUUCUCUUCCUUUUCCUCUUUCGUCAAAUUUUAACUUUUUAAUAAUAUUUGGGCACCACUUAAUUCAUCUUUUUACACAUAAAAAUGGAAGAAAGUAGGAGGAUAAGGAAGAUGGUAAUUGGGAUUUUAUUUUUAUGGAGUUUAAGAUUAUUAGGAGGAGCAAAUGGGUUGAGAUUUGUAAUUGAUAGAGAAGAAUGUUUUUCUCACAAGGUUGAAUAUGAAGGUGAUACUGUUCAUUUUUCAUUUGUUGUUAUCAAGGCUGAUACUCCUUGGCAUUCUGAGAAUGAAGGAGGUGUUGAUCUUGUGGUGAAAGGACCCGACAAUGAUCAAAUGCACGACUCACGUGACAAAACUAGCGAGAAGUACGAGUUCAUCGCUUACAAGAAGGGGGUUUAUCAUUUUUGCUUUUCUAACAAGUCCCCAUAUCACGAGACCAUCGACUUUGACGUGCAUGUUGGCCACUACGGAUAUUUUGACCAUCACGCAAAAGAUGAGCAUUUGAGUCCUGUGUAUGAACAGAUCGCUAAAUUGGAGGAAGCUCUUUACAACAUACAAUUCGAACAACAUUGGCUACAGGCUGAGACCGACCGCCAAGCAAUAAUUAACGAAGGAAUGAGCCAAAGAGCAAUGCACAAGGCAUUCUUUGAAUCAGCAGCGCUUAUCGGGGCCAGUGUUCUCCAAGUUUACCUGCUCAAACGCUUGUUUGAGCGCAAGCUCGGGACAUCCAUUGUUUAGAGCUCCGCAGUUUGUAGGUUACAUUGUCGCGACUUUAGACUGGCUUUGUAUAGUUUUCGCCUUUGUACGCGCUUACAUAGUUUGGAAGAGAAUUAUUUCCUUAUGUUUCAAUUUUUUUUCUUGAACUUUUCUUGUAAAAUCUGUAAAAUUUGUUGUUGUAAGUGUAUAUCAUGUACUCUAUUUUUCGAUUACUAGUACGUAUGAGUAGACGAGACUAUUUUAUUCGUCCUAA